ACUGGCUUCAUGUGACCUCCUAUUACUGGGGACUGUGAAGGGAAAUCUAAUUGUAACUCUCAGAUUUCAUAUAACAAGAGAUGGUGGGAACCCCUCAUAACGGGCACAGCGGGUGUACAGACCUGGGAACUCAGCACAGGGACGGUGGAAACCCCUCAUAAUGGGCACAGCAGGUGUGUACAGACUCGGGAACUCAGCACAGGGAUGGUGGGAACCCCUCAUAAUGGGCACAGAAGGUGUACAGACCCGGAGACUCAGCACAUGGAUGGUGGGAACCCCUCAUAAUGGCACAUCGGGUGUACAGACCCAGGAACUCAGCACAGGGAUGGUGGGAACCCCUCAU